UCAAAAAUAUGGGAUAAAUUUAUAGAGAAUAGCCGGGUUUGUUACAAUCCUGACGCAAACAUAACAAUCGAUGAGCAAUUGUUCCCUACUAAAGCUAGAUGCCGAUUUAUACAAUACAUGCCAAAUAAGCCGGAUAAAUUUGGCAUCAAAUUUUGGCUGGCAUCUGAUGUUAGAAGCAAAUACCUUGUAAACGGUUUUCCGUACUUGGGCAAGGAUGAAACCCGAGGAUUGAACAUUCCCCUGAGCGAAUUUGUAGUGACUAAGCUUGCAGAACCAUAUUUAGGUUGUGGACGAAAUAUCACCACAGAUAAUUUUUUUACAAGCAUUUCACUUGCAAAAAAGUUACUUGCAAAUAAAACUACUUUGGUUGGCACUAUACGUGCAAACCGAAAAGAAUUACCUGAAAUUGCGAAAGCUAAGAAAGAUAAAAUGACACGGUUUUCCACAAAACUUUAUAAAUCUGAGAAUUGUACUCUGACCAUUUAUAAAAGCAAGCCUAAUAAAAAAGUUUUACUACUAAGUUCAAAACAUAAAAAUAUGAUAAUUGAAAAAAAUACAAAACUUCUUCCGGAAACAGUAACAUUUUAUAAUAGCACCAAGUAUGGCGUGGAUAUACUUGACCAAAUGGCCCAAAAAUAUAGCGUUAAAGCAGGCUCUCGCAGAUGGCCUCUACAAGUUUUCUAUAACAUUUUAGAUUUAGCAGCUAUCAAUGCUUGGAUUCUAUAUAAAGAGACCACUCAUGUAAAUAUUUCAAGAAAAUAUUUUAUUUUCCAAUUGGCUGAAGAGCUAAGAAGUAAAUAUAGAGAAGAUGUCGAGAACACAUCCAUUCCAUUGACAAAAAUUCAUACUACUGACGCACGGAAGAAUUGUCAAGUUCAAGAAUCAUGUAAUAGAAAUAGAU